AGUUCAGCUCUAAUACAGAACUAGAGCAGUUCAGUGAUAGUUAUGUUCUUGUUAUAAACAUUAAAAUAAUUAAUCGUUUAAUUCGUAAUGCAUAAUAUUAUUCAAUAUAAUGACACGAUUACUAUAAAUAAAUUUACUUGUAAGAAAUAAAGAAAACGAAAACCGCAACAAAUAUACUAUUAUGCAGCAAAAUUAAAUUAUAAAAAAGUACAAACGCAAGAAAAAGUAUUGAUCGAAUGGAUAGAACUUAAAACUUUUAAAUUAAAUAGUUAUUGGACAGAAGCAAGAAAGAAACUUUUUAUAUUUUCUAAAACAUUAAUUUAAUACCUUAGCUUUGUGUAAAAUAAAAUUAAAAAUGUCGAUCGGUGUAAAACUUAUGCGUAGAAUUAAAGUGAUUUUCGUAGGAGAACAUAGUGUGGGUAAAACGUCUAUAAUUACUCGCUUCAUGUAUGACAGUUUCGACACCACAUACAAGGCCACUGUGGGCAUUGAUUACUUAUCAAAAAUCCUCUACUUAGAAGAUCGUACACUACGUCUCCAAUUGUGGGAUACAGCUGGACAGGAACGUUUCCGUUCCAUAAUACCCUCCUACAUAAGGGAUUCAAAAGUGGCCGUGAUAGUAUACGAUGUCACGAAUACAAAAUCUUUCGAUCUGACUACCAAAUGGAUCGAAGAUGUACGCGUCGAACGUGGUAAUGAAAUCAUUAUUAUGUUAGUUGGUAAUAAAAGUGAUCUGCACGACAAGCGGCAGGUGUCGUCAGAAGAGGGAGCACGUAGAGCUGAAGAAUUAAAUGCCAUGUUCAUUGAAACAAGUGCAAAAAAUGGAAAUAAUGUAAAGGAAUUGUUUAUACGUGUAGGCCAAGCACUGCCAGAACUCGAUUCACCGACGACUCCAACUGCAAACCGAAAAUUUUCCGAAGAUAUUCCAAUUUCAUUAGCGCAUCAAUUAGAGAAUAAAGAGGAAAGUAAAAAGGAUAAUAAAACAUGUUGUUCUUGUGGAAAUUAAGAUUAUUUUUAUUAAUUCUCCAUUUUUGUUUAAUAUUUUUAUGAAAUUCCAAUAAUUGUUAAUAAAUAUAAACUUUUUUCAUUAUUUAACGUUCAGAAAAUACUUCAAAAUUCUAAUAAUGUUGAUAUAUCCUGGUAUAUAUUCAACAUAUUUUUACUAAAAAAUUUUUAGGUUCUAAAAAUUAACACUAAUUUAGAAAAAUAAAAUUUUUUUCUU